GAGCGCCAGGGCGAGCUGCAGGACGCGCAGGUGCUGCACCACGACGACGAGGGGACCCGUCGCGAGCAGAGCCCGGAGGCGCCCUGCAGCGGGCCCCCGGAGGCGGCGCAGCAGCCCGUGCCCGCGCCGCGCCGGGGCGAGCCCUUCGAGUGCGCGGGCCUGCUCGGGGGCUGCGGCCUCCCAGGGGCGUGCUGCGCCGGGGCCGCGCCGCAGCGGCGGGCGGCGGCGUGCGAGGUCCGCGUGGACGCCGCCGGCCCGGCCAGGGGCCCCGUGACGGAGGACUACGACCCCGCGAAGCCCGAGUACGUGCAGGCGGCCUCCGAGCGCCAGGUCCUGGAGGCGGAGGUCUCGCUCCUGCGCCGGCAGGCGGCCAGCCUGGAGGCCGUGCUGGAGGCCAGGUCGGCGGGCCCCCCGUCGGAGCAGAGCCGCGCGGGGGUCCUCGUGGGCUAUCGGCGGGUGCUCGUGGAGACGAGGCGCCAGCUGUGCAGGGCCGUCGCGCGCCUUGCGACCCUGCCGCCCGAG